AUGGAUAAUAAUUCAGCAGUUCAAGAAUUUGAUUUUAUUUCCUCAAUUGAUUCACCUUCUACAACAUAUACACAUGAACAAAUACUUGUUCAAGAUGAAAAACUUAAAUACCAAAAAGAAUUGGCUGAAUUAUCUUUUCAUGAAUAUAAAUCAUUUAGUAAUGCAAACAAUAACUUGCAAACAAUAAACAAUUCACUUGACAAUUUAUCUUUACAUUUAAACAAUUUAGUUUCAAAUUUGCCCAAUAUUCAAAAUUCUUGUAAUCCAUUUCUUCAAGAACUAAAACAAUUUACUCAACAAAAUAAUAAAAUCAAUAUAAUUCUUGAAAAUCAUAAUAAUCUAUUAGAAAUCAUGGAAAUUCCUAAAUUGAUGGAUACUUGUGUCAGGAAUGGACUUUACUCAGAAGCAAUGGAUCUUUCUGUACACGUAACAAGAUUAAUCUCAAAAUACCCAUCAAUCUCUUUAAUUCAACAGAUUGAUAACGAUGUUAAAAAUACAAUGCAAUUGAUGUUAACAAAACUUAUUAAGCUAUUAAGUAAACCAAUCAAGCUUCCUGUGUGUUUAAAAAUUAUUGGGUACUUGAGACGUAUGGAUAUAUUUGAUGAGGCUGAGCUACAUCUUGUAUUUCUACUUUCUAGAGAUGCCUAUUUACAAUCAUUGAUUCAUGAAUUAGAUAAAGAGAAGAAAGAUCCCGUCUUUUAUUUAAAAAAAUAUAUUGAUGUAUUUAGAGAACAUUUUUUUGAUAUAGUAACACAAUAUCGUGCAAUAUUUUCUGAGGAUAGUAAUGGUGGUGGUGGCGGUUCUUAUCCCACAACGCCAUUCUAUUCCUCAUCAUUUUCAAUACCUCCAACACCUUCAACACCUUGGGUAUUAUCAUCAUCUCCAUAUCUAACUAACACGCUACCAGAAAAAUACUUCAUCAAAAAAGGGAUCAUGGCAGCUGCUAAUAUUACUACAACUACUAUCUCGGAUUAUACUGUUUAUAUUCUUGAACAAUUAACAUUCGUUCUAGAUGAAUUCACAGCUCAAAUAUAUGACACUUCAUCACUUUCCUCGAUACUAACUCAAUUGAUGUAUUGUGGAAUGUCAUUCGGUAGAGUUGGUAUUGAUUUUCGCCACCUUGUAUCAGGUUAUUUCGAGAGUGCAGUCGAUAAAAUUAUUAGAAAAAUGAUUUUUGAGGGUACCCAAGAUUUCUUGGAUGAUUUGAAUCAAGCAAUAAAAAAUGUUGAUUUGCCAAGUUUAUGGAUGAUAAGCGAUAAGAAAUUCACAAGUUUAUCGGAUUAUCCCCCAAUAGCACAUCUCACCAACUCAUAUUUAUCGGCUUUUAAUUCUUUACGUCUAGUUGCACCAAUUUCAUUGUUUAAACCGUUGGGUGAAUUCAUCAAUCAAAAUCUUUUAUCUAUUGCAAAAUUACUAAGAGAUUAUGGAGAUCUACUUGUUGAACAUAAACAUGACACCACAAUUUUACAAGGAUUCAAUGCAACAUUUGCUCAAAGUUUUGUACCGUUUAUUACUAGAUGUUUAUGUGAUGGAGUUUAUGGUGGAUUGUUGAUUGGUAAUAAUGACAAUGGUUGUGAUGCCAGAUGGAACCAUAAAAUUAUU